UCCAUUCGUGACUGCCUUGUUCGUUACCAUGCGGGUAAUCCUUGUCUUGGUGAGGUUAUUAGCGACAUCGUCGGCAUGUACGUUGUCGAAGCUCUACUAAGCGACUUGGUCAUUGGCUCGCCUCCUCUGCGGGUCUACAUCAAAGUCGUGGAUCUCGUUCAAGCGAUGGGAACAAUUGACGAGGACUCCAGCGAGGGGCCGGCGCCUUUGCCAACGUCUAGGGCCACAGACGCGUUUCUCAUUCCCAGUGUUGCCUUGGCCUUCGCGAAUCAUUUACAGAUCGAGAGCCGGUUAGACAGAUACAAACUCGAUCUGAGGCUUUUCAUCAAACAUCCCGAGUUCCUUGACAGCGCUGGGGAACUCAUGGCACAGGGUGCGCCGCUACAGCCAGACUUUUCAUCGUACCUCUCUUUCCCCGCUUCAAUGAACAACAAGACGGCCUCUUCAUAUAGUAACUUCAUAGCUUUCACUUGUUUUAACGUAUAUGAA